AUGGCAAACCGAUCUUAUCAUUUCUUCCAGACAAUCUCCAAGGGGAAGAAAUUCUCAUGGACGGAGGAAUGUGAAAACUCCUUUAUGGAACUCAAACAGCUCUUAACAUCACCUCUAGUACUCCAAAGACCAGAGAUUGGUAAGCCAUUGCAUUUGUAUUUAUCAGUAUCUAACUAUGCUAUAAGCUCGGUCCUAGUGAUGGAAACAGGAAAAAAGCAAAACCCAGUAUACUUCAUUAGUAAGGUACUGCAACCAGCAGAAAUAAGAUAUCCGAAGAUAGAGCAACUAGCGCUGGCACUAGUCACCACGGCAAGAAGGCUGCGACAUUACUUUAAAAGCCAUACAAUCAUAGUACGAACAAACCAACCACUAAGGCAUGUAUUAACCAGACCCAAGCUCGCCAGACGACUAAUAAAGUGGUCAAUCGAACUAUCCGAGUUCGACAUUCAGUACGAGUCGAGAAAGACUCUGAAAUCACAAGUACUUGCCGACUUCGUGUCAGAAAUGACUAAUGAGACACAAUAUACAGCAACCAAUUGGAGCAUACACGUGGAUGGAGCAUCAAACAGAGAAGAAAGCGGAGCUGGGGUACUGCUAAAAGAAGGAGAGAAAGUGAUAGCCGAACAAUCACUACAAUUCUGCUUCAAUGCAAGUAACAACCAAGCGGAAUAUGAAUCUUUGCUAGUAGGAUUGAAGCUUACCCAGCAACUCAGAAUACCUCAGAUAACAGUCUACUGCGACUCAUCACUUGUAGUACAUCAAAUCAAGGGUGAGUACCAGGUAAAAGAUCCUUUGUUAGAGAAAUAUUGGCUCAUAACAAAGGAUCUCAUCUCAAAGUUCAGUAAAUUUGAUAUUAUUCAUGUAAACCGAGAACAAAACACCAAAGUCGAUGUGUUAUCCAAGUUAGCCACAACAAGGCAGGCGGAAAACACACUGGCCCUAUCCCAACUAACACUCAACAAGCCGAGCUUUGAGCAGGACACAAUCUUAAGCAUCAUGCAGGUACCAGAUUGGAGAACACCUUUUCUCAAUUACAUCAACACAGGUGCCAUACCAAACGAGGAGCCGAACUUGCCACUCUUCCGAAGAAGAGCAAGUUUCUAUACAGUACUCGAAAAUACCCUGUACAGGCGAGGACACUCCCAACCACUCCUCAAAUGCAUCAGCAAUGAGGAAGCCGAAGAUGUUAUGGUAGAAACACACGAAGGAGUUUGUGGAAACCACAUCGGCGGCUGA